CUACUAACAGAGGUGGGUCUCGACUGGAAUCUCCUUUAUAUUGAUGUCGUUUUGGUUUCGAAAUCGACUUAGGGGAAAUUUCAAUUUUUUUUUUACGAUUUAGGGUUCGAAAUCGAGAAGGGUUUUGAUUUAAUGCUGUAUUACCUCGUCUAGGGGUUCGAUUUAUAGUUUUAAGGUUCGAUUCUCGCGGAUUGGAAAUCGAAAAGGGUUUUUCGAGUUAGGGUUCAAAAUAGAAUUUGGGGGUUUCGAUAAGUGGGUUUAGAUCUUGUACUGGGUUCGAUUCACGGUUUUGACUACUUUUGUCUCAAUCGAUUCACGGUUUUGAUUAUUUUUGAUUCAAUAGAAAAGGGUUAAUCAAUUUCAUUUCUCUGUUUCAGAUGGAUCCCUCAGACGAGAUAACAGAUUUUAAGAGGAAGCAGGAGUUCAUCGACCACCUGUACAACGUUGCCGAUUCGUCAUAUGGGAUGCCGACAAGCUGUCCGUGUGGUGGUAGAAUCAUCGACGAGGUUCGGGUGAAGGAGGAGUACGACACGCGUCCCGGGAAGCGCUUCUUCAGCUGCAUAAACUACGAGGUAACCCACAUCAUUCGCAUUCCCUUCAUUAAUCUCACAUGUCUUAUUAUGUUGUCUAAAUUUUCUAGUUAAAUAUGUUGUCUGACUGAUGUUUCCGUGGUUUAACCAAGGCUGAUGGGUUGCAUUACCGUCAGCCUUGGGUUAUAGGUGUCCAGGAGGAGAUGGUACGCAUGCGUGAGCGUGUGGAUGAGGCUGUUGAGAUCAUCAAAUGUGUGCCCAUUCUCACUAAACAGAUCGAGAGUCUUGAGGCACAGGUUAAGAGGCUCACAUUGCUGCUUGAUAAGCUCACCGGUGACGUCUAUAACCUCACAGUCCAGGCGGCUGCUCUGGAGAAGGCCUGUUUCGACUGAAACAGAACAGGUGAAAGGAUCUGUGGGGCCGUUGGUCACGGGCAUAUGGGAGAUAAAGUCUGGACUUGAUGGGUUUUGUAGGUGUCACGGGUAUUGUAGUAGUAGUAGUUCACGGGUUGUUCAUGUAGUUGUAGUACUACAUGUAUCUUUUGGGUCGCAGCAGGUCAGUGUUUGUACUAGACACUAGUGAUGAACUUGGUGUCACGGAUUGUAAUAUGAAGUGUAGUAUUUUGUUUGUCUCUACACUUCACGGGACUUGUAAAAGUUUGUUAUAAAAAGGACAAGUAUUUCUCUUCUCUCUAACAUGUGUUUAUGUUCUCUUCUCUCAAAUGCCAAAGCAUAGUUCUCUUCUCUGUAUCUACAAAUCAUAGUUCUCUCAAGGUCGAUACCCCUCCAUCUUGUUCUCUCAAACCAUCCGCCUUACUCUUGUUCUCUCAAACCAGCUGCCUCACUCUUGUUCUGUCGAACCAGCCAACCACUAGACACUCGCCGACUACAAAAUCGAGUGACCAAGUAAAAUCUAAAAUUCUUUGUUUUGUUAUCUAUAGUCUGUAAUUAAUGUUCCACAUAUAAGUUAUAAUUAAAAACGAAAAAAUGAAAUUCCAAGAUUUAUUGAAAAAAAAAAAUUAAUGUUCCACAUAUAAGUUAUAAUUAAAAACGAAAAUAUGACAUUCCAAGAUUUAUUUUUUUUUUUUUAAAUUAAUGUUAUAAUUAAAAACGAAAAUAUGAUAUUCCAAGAGAUAUUUAAAAUAAAAUUUAAUGUUCCACAUAUAAGUUAUAAUUAAAAACGAAUAUAUGAUAUUCGUAGAGAUAUUUAAAAUAUUUGUUUUUUUCAGUUAUGACAUCCUCAGAGUCAGAUGGCGUUGAUGAAGCCUUUGAAGAUAUGUUUGACGAAGAAUUUGAUAAUAUCAUCGACUCCCUACUAGAUGUUCAAACCAACAAGCCCAAAAAAAGAGCUUAUAUUGAAAGAGAUCGGGAACAAGGACACAUUCAACUAUGGAACGACUAUUUCCACGAAAAUCCCACUUACCCGCCGGUGAUGUUUAGGCGGCGUUUUCGAAUGAACAAACCCUUGUUCCUCCGCAUUGUUGAUCGCCUUACUACUGAAGUUCCAUACUUUCAGCAAAGAAGAAAUGCUCACGGCAGGUACGGCCUAUCACCACUUCAAAAAUGUACUGCAGCUAUACGUAUGCUCGCAUAUGGUCAAUCUGGAGAUACGUAUGACGAAUAUCUUCGACUUGGUGAAAGUACUGCACUUUUAUGUUUAGAACAUUUCACUAAUGGGAUAGUACAAUUGUUUGGAGUUGAGUAUCUAAGAACACCAACACCGGAAGAUCUUCAACGAUUACUCGACAUUGGCGAGAAGCGCGGGUUUCCCGGGAUGAUAGGCAGCAUUGAUUGUAUGCAUUGGCAGUGGAAGAACUGUCCAACGGCUUGGAGAGGCCAAUACACCCGUGGUUCAGGAAAACCAACAAUUGUCUUAGAGGCUGUGGCAUCAGAAGAUCUUUGGAUAUGGCACGCAUUUUUCGGAUUACCAGGUACCCUCAACGAUAUCAAUGUUCUUGAUCGGUCACCAGUUUUUGAUGAUAUACUGCAAGGUCGAGCCCCUAAAGUUAAAUUCAAGGUCAACAACCACACUUACCGUAUGGCGUACUACCUUACUGACGGAAUUUAUCCGAAUUGGUCAACAUUUAUCCAAUCCAUCCCACUUCCUCAAGGUCCUAAAGCUGAGCUAUUUGCCCAACGUCAAGAAUCCACCAGAAAAGAUGUCGAACGUGCUUUCGGGGUUUUGCAAUCGAGGUUUGCAAUAGUUAAAAACCCUGCUCUACUAUGGGACAAGGAAAAGAUAGGGAAAAUUAUGAGAACUUGUGUCAUAUUGCACAAUAUGAUAGUGGAGGACGAACGAGACGGAUACAGUCUUACUGAUACAUCUGAGUUCGAGUCAGGAGAGUCAAGCAGAGGUUCGAAGGUCAAAACGAGAGAAAGUUUGCAUGCACAUAAUAUGCUAGGCAUGCGCCAUGAACUUCGGGAUUCAGGAAAACAUGAUAGGUUGAAAGCUGAUUUAGUUGAAAAUGUAUGGCAAAAAUUCGGUAAUGAAUAAUCUUUCUAUGUUCAUCAAUUAUCAAUGUAAUGAAUAAAAUUUUAUAAAUUAUUAUAUUUUAUUCAUGUAUUAAAAAAAAAAUCAAAACUAAAUUUUUUUAAAAAAAUUAUUAUUUUAAUUCCUAUGAACCCCUUCUUCGGGUUCACUAAUGGAGAAGUACAAAAUCAAGAAGUUCAUCACUAUUCAUGGUCCCACCAUAAAUAUAUUAAAAAAUUGGUAUGAACCCCAAAGGGGGUUCACCAAUGUAGAUGCUCUUAUUUUCAAAAUUUACGGUUUUGUCUUUAACACAAUGGGCCCUUCAUUGAUUAUGGGCUUUUUGUUGCGGUUUUUGAGAUUGUUUUACUUUUUCUAUUCGUCAAAAAUAAAAUCUGUUUAAUCGUUUAUGAAGAAAAACGCAAAUAUCACUCAAUUCGGACAUCACUCAUAUCGCGUAAACAAGUUAUUACUACACCAAUUUUAAUAUUUUAUCACUCCUAUAGGUUAAUUUGCUCUAUUUGUUCAUCCUGGUUUGUAGGUUUCUAAUUGGUUUGAAUCGGAAAUAUAAGGAGAGACGAACGAUCUAGAGAAUUUAUAGAAACAACAAAAUUUUGUUAAAAAAAUUUCAGGAAACUUAAAAUAGACGCCGUUGCCGAGGAUCGAACCCGGGUCACCCGUGUGACAUACGGGAAUACUUACCACUAUAUUACAACGACUUUGAUGCUAAGUUUCGUAUGACUAAGGAUUAAUUCUACAAGUUUAAUUUUCCUUGAGACAAAGACCAUAUAACCGAAGUUAUGUCUCUGUACACUAAGAUAAAUGAACUUCAACUAAAAAUAUUGUCAUAUAACCAAAGUUGAUAAGUGUUUAUGAAGUUGAGAAUCAUAAGGGAUAACAGUGGAAGGUGUUCUCUCUGUAAACUAACUUGUUUGGAAAUAACAACUUAAAGAGUUUUCUCUGAGUCUCUGACCCUUCAGCUACCAUCACUCCCAGAAGAAGUUAUGGACCAUGGGACAAUCCGGUGCAUCAGAUGUUCUGUUAGCAGACAACAUUAUUGAGCCAUUGAUAAAAGUGGAUUCACCAAAGGAACCCAAAGAUGAAGAUCCUGACCUUAUAGACAAAGUCAACAGACCAUAGGUUUUGAUCCUCCGCAGCUCUGCUCUUUUGGUGUGAUAGCCUCUAGAAAACUCUUAAAAGAGACGAAGAAGUACUAUGGAAGAUAGACUGGAAUGAGACUAUACCAAACCCGGAUGUCAGGGUUGAGUAUGAGCCGGUGGCGGAGCCAUAAACUUUUUGAACUGGAUCAAAAAUGUUUUUAACAUAAUUAAUAAACUAUAUAAAAACUAUAUUCUACAAUCUUCAUAAUCUGAAACCUUUUUAUUACAGUUUCAUUGACUAUAUCUUUAAAUAUUUGUUUCGAUAAAAAAUAGAAACAUAUUUAUUCCAACCAAUUACCAAAUUGAUCAAACUAAGAAUGAUUAAACCGUUUUGAUGUGUAUUUUUUAUGAGUAUUGCCUUAUGACCUCGAAGUUGAUAAAGUUCUCGAGUUAAAUAUUCAUAUUUUACUUUUUUUUCUUUGAUUAUAGGGAUAUUACAAUAUUUUUUGUUUCACCAGGAUCAUCUAUAUAAUUGGCCCAUUAUUUAUCUAAUUAAGAAAAAGUUAGUCAAUUUCUAAAUAUGAAACUAGCUGUUAAAAAUAUUCAGGUUAUUAACAUAAACCCUAAAUAUUUUUGUUGAAUUUGAAUCAAUGAAUCAUAAUCAUCUUUAGUUUGAUAAAUAAAUAAUCAAACACCAAAAUAUAAGAUUAAAAAAAAAUCCAAUUUGAAAUUAGUCCAAAACAUGUUUGAUUUCACAUUUUUGAAGAAGAUGAGUUUGUUUAUUAAUUUAUUUUUAAUGUUCUUAACAUAAAUUACUAUACUAUUUGGGCCUAUAUAAUUUGGGCUUAAAACUAAUAUGUAACUAAGUUUAAAAUUAAAACAUAUUGAUUUCAUGAGUUUUUGCAAUCGUAAAAAUUGAGAUAAAAAUUAAUACAAAUCCAAAUUUUAUUAAAUAAACUAGAUCCGGUGUCCGCGCAACGCGCGGAUAACAUGUUCAAAUUAAGUAAAUUUAUACUUUUGAUUGGUAGUUUUUUUAGUUUAAGAAGUUGUUUGUUAAUUUUGUGUGUUGUAGAUUUAACCUUAGAGUUUUGGUUUGAAUGUGAUGGGGUGAUCAUUUUCUCUUUUUUUAAAUAACAGUAAGUUUGAAUAAUAUAUUGUGUUGAGCAAUCAAUUUUCGUAGGAGAAAAGAGUAUUUUUGAGUAUUUAGUGGUGUCGUUAGUUAUCAGGCUUAAGAUAAAAGUUUAUUCCUCUUUUGGAAGCGUUGUAUGAUAUCAAUGUCGGUGUCGAAGUAAAAGCGCGAUCCAGGUGUGAUUGUAAGUGAUAAUAUCCCUGAAAAAGUAAAAUAUUUGUAAGCAUUUAUUUUGACAUAAACUUUAUGUUUAGUUUAUUACCUUCAUGUAACCGUGGAAUGAUACUUGUGAUGAUUACGAUUUAGUUUUUCCUGGUAGAUAUGCGAUUUAGCUCCCUGAAAUUUUCUGCCUUGUUGUUCCAGAUAGUUAGACGUACCAUUUUGGAUCUACAAAUAAUGAUUGUAUUAUUUAUUUAUUGCUUAAAAUAAAUAUUAUUUAAUAAAGUGUUAGUACCUAUGUAAACGCAAUGCAAUGAUGAUCUUUGUAUCUGUGUUCUUGUUAUAUAUAUCACUUCCUUGGAUGAGGCAUAUUCGGCCAACAACAUCUGUGAUAAUAAUUUGUUUUUAGUGAGGAAAAAAAGAAUUUAUUUGUUUGCGAGACCGGUAAUGGUUUUUUUUUACCUGGGAGAAAAUUGGUUGCACUUGUUAAGCUAAUCAACUGGGGAUAGUUUUGGGGCCGUAAUAUGCAUGAAGGUAUUGGUGGAAUGUUUUCUGCAAUCUGUGUAAUAAUUGUUGUCUCGUUGAUAUUGAUUAUGUAUAGUUGAACUGUAAGCAUGUACCGUUGGUUAUUGGAAAGGAGAUUAAAAUAUCUAAUGUGAUAAAUUUUCCCUUCCUCGAACCGUUGGUACAUUUUUUGUUCCUGUUAAGUGGUUUAAAGUUAUCAUUUCAAAUGUAGUUGGAAUAAUAAAAACAUAGUAUCUUUUAGACAAACUUGGAUGUCAAGAUAAAUGAAAGGUGUUCUUAAGAAAGCAUUUUUGUUUUUGUGAUUUGUGAUGGGCCACAUCCUAAUGAUCCUAAUAAUUAUUGGUUGCGGUUCGAGGUUGUCGCUCCGGUUAUUGUGAUAUCCGGCUGCAUGAUCUGCACAUAUAACAGUGGGAUUUAUUUUUUUAUUGCCCAUCUUUUAUAUUUUUAUAUUUUUUUGAAGUGAGCGUAGUUAUAAACUUAUAGUUUGUUUGUUUUUUAAAAAAAAUUGGAUUUCUUUUCUUUAAUUAAAGAAUAUGUAUUUGAAGUGAACAGAAUUUAAUUUAAUUAUAAAAAAUUGGAUUUUUGAAGUGAAGAUAGUUUGUUUGUUUAUUUUUUAUUGCCCAACUUCCAUUUUUUUUUUAAAAAAAGGACGAAUCAUGAAUAUUUGGAAGUGUUAAUUUUUUAUUAUUUUGGUGGGUUUGCUAGUAGGUUUCAAUUUUCAUCGAAUUUUAUAGUGUAUGUGUGUGGAAUUAGUAUUUUAUGAUAGACAGUGUAAAAUGGUCCAUAAUUUGUAUUUUAAAAUUAAAAACAUCAGUACUAUAUAAAAGGAAAACCUACAUUUGCAAACAAUUAUAAUGAUGUGCUUUUAUAUUUGUUUUAUGAAAAAUUGCCACAAAUAACACAUUCAUAGUACAACUUUUCAUGUUUACACACUUUUACCCUCACUUUUAAUGAAGGGUAAAAGACAAUUAUACUCUUAGAAUUAACUAAUCUAGACUUAGGGUUUAGAGUUGAGGGGUGGGAUAUGGUUUUUAGAAUUUGAAAUUUAGGAUUAUAGUAAAUAUAUAAAUAAAUACUUAAAAAUAUAUAAAAAAAAUUUAAAAAUAGUUUCAAACAUAAUUUUCAUUUUUCAAAAAGAAAUUUGAAAAUAAAAAUUUCAAAAAAAAUUCGAAAAAAAAAAUUCAAAAAAAAAGUUUAUAUAAAAGUUCGAAUUUGAAAAAGUAUAAUU